AUGAACGAUAAGUAUCUUGAGGAGUUGACCGCCCAUGUGCAAGAAGGUCAUGCCGCAACCGCAAAUACCAGCAUGGCUGUGGCCGCUUUUAAUUUGCCACAUGAAGUGGCACGAAGGAUGAGGCCACUUGGUGUUGUUGAUGACAAAAGCCUGGUAUCAAGCCCUUCUUGGCGUCGUCUUCAGGAAUUAUAUGAACGUCACGGGGAUGAAAGUAUAUUACAUCAGUUUGAGGAAAGUAAAGAUAGGUUUAAGCAGUACUCAUUAAAGGUGGAUUUGAAAAGUGAUGACAAAAACUUUCUUUUUCUGGAUUACUCGAAGACGCACAUAAAUGAUGAAAUAAAAGACGCCUUGUUUAAGUUGGUUGAAGAGAGAGGUGUUCGCGCAUUUAUGCGGGCACUGUUUAAUGGCGAGAAAGUCAACACAACGGAAGAUCGUUCAGUGCUGCAUAUUGCUUUGCGAAAUCGCAGCAAUCGUCCUAUUUUUGUGCACGGCCACGACGUUAUGCCUCUGGUAAACCAAGUUCUUGAACAAAUGAGGAAAAUGUCGGAAAAGGUUAGAAACGGUGAUUGGAAAGGCCAGUCAGGAAAAACUAUUCGACAUGUUGUGAACAUUGGGAUUGGAGGCAGUGAUCUGGGCCCUAUGAUGGCAUGUGAAGCGUUGAAGCCCUUUUCAGAUCGGAACAUAUCUAUGCAUUUUGUCUCAAAUAUUGAUGGAACACACCUAUCUGAGGUGUUGAAGUUAGUGGACUUAGAAACCACCCUUUUUAUCAUUGCCAGUAAGACCUUUACUACACAAGAAACCAUUACAAAUGCUUUAUCGGCACGGAAUGAGUUUUUGAAAUUUCUAAGGUCUCGAGGCAUUUCAGAAGUUGGUGCUGUCGCAAAGCACUUUGUGGCACUUUCAACAAAUGCGGAAAAAGUCAAAGAGUUUGGUAUUGAUGAAUCAAAUAUGUUCCAAUUUUGGGACUGGGUUGGUGGUCGAUACUCAUUGUGGUCUGCCAUCGGUUUAUCUCUUAUGAUUUCGGUUGGAUACGAUAACUUUGUAGAGUUAUUAACGGGUGCACACAUCAUGGAUGAACACUUUAUUAAUGCACCCACUGAAAACAAUGUGCCCAUUAUACUGGCUUUGGUUGGUAUUUGGUACAACAACUUUUUUGGCACCGAAACCCACGCUAUCUUACCAUACGAUCAGUACCUAUGGAGGUUACCAGCAUAUCUGCAACAACUUGACAUGGAAAGCAAUGGAAAAGGUGCUACCAAGAAUGGACACAUGGUAACAACUCACACUGGACCUAUUAUCUUUGGGGAGGCCGGUACGAACGGCCAACAUGCUUUCUAUCAACUUAUUCAUCAAGGGACAAAGUUGAUUCCGUGCGAUUUUAUUGGCGCAAUCCAAACUCAAAACCGUAUUGGAGAUCAUCACCGAAUUUUGAUGAGCAACUUUUUUGCCCAGACAGAGGCGCUGAUGCUUGGUAAGACUCCUGACGAAGUUCAACGAGAACUGAAGGCUGCUGGAGGAAAAUCUGAACGUGAGAUUUGUUCGCUAAUACCACACAAAACUUUUACUGGAGGCCGACCAAGUAACUCUUUGCUGGUCAAGGCUCUUACCCCACGGGCAUUGGGCGCCAUCAUUGCCAUGUAUGAGCACAAAGUUCUUGUCCAAGGGGCUAUCUGGGGGAUUAACAGCUAUGAUCAGUGGGGCGUGGAACUGGGGAAGGUGCUUGCAAAAUCUAUUCUUCCACAACUUAAGCCCGGCAAAACUGUGACAAAUCACGAUUCCUCAACAAAUGGUCUUAUUGGGUUGUUUAAUGAACGAUCUCAUCUGUGA